CGGAAGUAAACGACCAAGAACAAUUUCCACGUUCGCGUUUUUAUUUAGACGUUUAUUAACACCAUGGAACUCAAAUUAUGACUAAUUUAACUGCACAACAUCACAUACUUACCCCACGUAGUAUUUAAUUCGCGUUGGAGAGAGGUUGACUUGGUUGAUAUAUGUUUUCUAGGUAAUCCUAGUUAGCUGCUAACAAUGGCUAACUGUAUGGUUUUUCACACUCAAAUAGCCUCCAUCAUGGAGGUGCUAGCGAAUGCCGCCGUGGCAGAGAUCUGUAAACUCGUAGACGACGACUAUGCAGUGUUUCGUUUGGAAAUUUCUCAAGGCCAGAAAGAAAACAGGGGAUUGCGGAGGAAACUACAGUUACUGGAACUGAAAGGGGCACGAGAGCGCGUUCUCGCCAGUCGUCCCAGUAGUGUCAAGAUCCUCGACCGGUACAGAGGAUUGGCAAGAGGUGAAGGACAUCUCACUCGAGGCCACAAGAGCUUUGUGAAGCCAGCGGGACACAAUACAUGGAGUGAUGACCAACCAAUCACUGUUGAUGAGGGGAGUGGAACCUCAAACCAGCACGUUAUCGUGAUAGAGUCUGCAGAUGCAGAGUCUGCAGGUCCUGGGGUUAAGCAGGAGAGGUCUGAAGGGGAGGAUGACCUACGGCACAGCAGAGAUCCUGUAGUCACGGAGGACCCCACCACUGCCCCAGCGCAGCCUCGAACCCGGCGCAGUAUCACGGAGGAGGAGGGUCCAGAGGUGCUGCUGGGGAACCCUGAGGGGUCCAUGGUCAUGGAGGACAGCCAGACUACACCUCCUCCACAACCCACAGAGGAACCAGCUGAGCAGCACAGGACCACACACAGUCUCACUGAGUCAGCAGACAUGGAGGAUGGGAAGCCUGAUCUGCUGCUGGUCAAAGAGGAGACAAUAGAAGAUGGACCAGAGAGCAUUGAUCUGCUGAGUGGACUAAAGAUGGGAGAGCAAGGUGGUUGGCUGGAGGCUAAUAGAGGAGACUGGGCGACCAUCUUGGAUUCCCAGACCCAGACUGAUGCAGCCAAGGGCCCAGGGGACAACAUCACUGAGCAUGCCACAACCAGAGGCGAUUUGGUGGAGUCUGCAGUCCAUGAGGACCUGCUGAUAUCCGGUGUUGCUGGUAGGAGAGACUGGAUCUCUGAGGUGACUGGUCACAAACCCUUGCCCCGGAUCAGGACACUGGAUCAAGAGCCGUCACGGUUCCUUCUUGAGUCGGAACCAGGACCCAACCCCGAGGGACAGAGACUCCACCACCACACAGAAGACAACCAGUGGACAGGUGGACUGAACAACCUCAGUCCUGGUGGUCAUCAGAGAGACAGAGGCUCCAGUCAGGUAUCCAAUCUGCAGCCCAGACCCUUCUCUUCACAGUCUCAGUGCAGGGAUGUAGCAGGGCCUGGGGCCGAUAGAGAUAGACCCUCCUGUUCCUAUGAUACAAACACCACAGUAUCCAUGAUGAACAGAGCAGGUUACCCUGGCCUUCAGCCUUCACAGAGAGCGGUGGGAGACGCCCCUGGUGGUAGUCUAUCAGCAAGUCUGUCUUCUCCUUCAGGGUCUCGUCUAAAGCCUGGUGACUGGGUUCAUAGACAGCCUGGACCUGGGUCUAGUUUUCCUGGUCAUGGUUACCCCACGAAUACAGACAGGGUCAGGAUGGGCAUUCAUCACAAGAGGUACCUAACCUAUAACAAUCCCAACAACACCCAAACAACGGCUAGAGAUCGAGGGAUCUCAAAGACUCACCACCUGAGGGUGGUGGCUCCUGCUUCUACCUCCUCUGGUGUCAUUGGGUCACAACGUGAGUGGCCGAGCGUUAGGACGGACGCCGACAAGCCUUACUCCUGCCCCACGUGUGGGAAGUGCUUCGCUAGGGCAAACUAUUUGAAGGAGCACCAGACCGUUCACACCAAGGAGAGGCCCUUCAAGUGCAAACUAUGUUACAAGAGCUUCUCUUUCCUGACUAACCUUACCAGACAUAAGAGUGUCCACAACGGAAAGAGCAGUGUGGCUUGAGAUGUACACAGGGGAUAUCUGGGAACCUUUCUUUAGCUGACAUAUUAUAGUUAUCGUGUGAAGUGUCUUGGGAUGAGAGGGUAAUUAAUCACAUACCCCUCAACCCUUUGUUAACUGUAAAUACCUGUUUUCAGACAGUAAACCUGGGCUAGAACAAGGACAGUUGAAUAUUUACCUUACUGAGGUGAUGUAGAUGGAAUAAAGUCAUUAUUUUCUACUCUAUU